AUGUCCGAAGCAGGUAAAUCUUUCGGAGAGGCAGUUAAAGGAGUCUUCACCGCAGCCCACGGUGCAGGUGAAGCAAUCCGCGGCAACGCAAACCAGACGCUCGACUCUGCUGGUGAAGGUCUUAAACAUGAUACUUCUGAUCCCAACACAGCCAAAGCCCACGCUGACGCUCAUGGUAGAUCCUCCGACUACGACAAAGCUGGUAGUCACCAAGGUGUCGCUGCAAAGGGGGCAGACGAGUUUAAAGCGGGAACGCAUAAGUUGGGUAGCGUCUUUGGGAAAAAUAAGACUACCCAGCCUGUCAAUACCAAUUCCUCCUUUUGA